CAACCAUUUUGUACCUCUGAAAGAUUCUAAUUUUAUAGGACAUUAAAAGAGAGAAGGCAAUAGAAUAUUCUACCGUGUCUGAAACGAGUCCAAUUCGUAGGAAGCUUUCAAAGACAAUCCUAAUUAUCUGUUAUUUUUUAAAAUCUCUUUUCUUCUUUCUUCUUUUUCAGUUUCUCCAUUAUAAAAACUGCAUCGUGGGUCAGAACCUCUAAACAAAAUCAUCAACUCAUCUAAGAAGAGGAAGAAAAGGUUUUAUAUAUUUUUCCAAGAGAUUAAAGAUUGUUAACUUUCGUGAUCUAAAAUGGCAGCUAACGACGCUGGAAGGCCGUUGCCAAAAUUUGGGGAAUGGGAUGUGAAUGAUCCGGCGACUGCGGACGGAUACACGGUGAUAUUCAGCAAAGCCGGUGAAGAUAAAAAGACGGGACGGAGUUCGACCAAGACCAAUUCCCAGAGGAAACAAGACGGUGAUAAACCAGCGGUCAAGAAAUGGCUCUGUUUUACCUUCUCUUGAUUUUGUAUUAAAUUCUAAUAUAAUCCUAAGAGAGAGUUUAGCUUUGAGCCUAACGAGCCUUUGAGAACUUUUAGUCAUCUAAUACAAAAGAUUCUUCCUUUUUGUUUUCUUAUGAUGUAUUUAUGCAUUGGGUAAUAAUACGUAUAGAAUCAACAAAACUUGUAAUUCUUGAUAUGGGAUUAAAGAAUGAAAAAAUUUAAUGAAA